AUGAGAGGUAUACCAUUUUUCUGCCCAACUUCCUAUUAUUACGAACCACAAGUGGAAGAGUUAGAAAUUUUAUCUACCGGUGUUCAUGGGGAAAAUAAUGAAUCAAAAGAGUUAGGGGGUGAAAGGGAUGUGAAUAUGAGCAAAGAUUUUGAAAGAGAGGCCGAGGGGAUAGAGAGUACAGCAGAACCAGCUCGGGGCGAUUAG